GCCUGUUCGAGAGCUUCAAAUCGGUAGCUCAUCUUCCACUCCAACGAACAUAACGAUUAACGAUUCGCAUUUGUUUUUUCUACAUAUUCUAAAUUUAAGGAGGCCAACAUUGCAACUUUCAAGAUGGAGUUUGGAAACACAGGAAUGUUGAAUGAAGAUGGUAUUCAUGUGGAUAUGGAUCGUUUGAAGAAGGGAGAAGUCAACUUAGGAACCUCCAUCAUGGCCGUAAACUUUAAGGAUGGUGUCAUUUUGGGUGCCGACAGUAGAACAACAACCGGCUCAUAUAUCGCAAAUCGAGUUACAGACAAGCUCACACAAGUACAUGAUACAAUUUGGUGUUGUCGAUCAGGUUCUGCGGCUGAUACUCAAGCUGUUGCGGAUAUUGUUCAUUACCAGUUGGGAAUGUAUGGAGCUUUGAAUGGCAAAACACCAACCACACAAACGGCCGCUGCUAUGUUCCAGGAACUUUGCUACGAUAACAAGGAUCAAUUGAGUGCCGGUUUGAUUAUUGCUGGCUGGGAUGAACGACACGGAGGUCAAGUCUACUCGAUACCAUUAGGAGGAUCGUUACACAAGCAAUCUUAUGCUAUUGGAGGUUCCGGCUCAACGUACAUCUAUGGAUACUGUGAUGCAAACUGGAAGGAAGGUAUGGAGGAGGCCGAUGCUGUCGACUUUGUUAAGGGUGCAUUGCAAGAAGCUAUCAAAUGGGAUGGGAGUUCCGGAGGUGUCAUCAGAAUGGUGGUUUUGACGGCUAAGGGAGCAGACAGGCAUCUGUACUUGCCAGACACGAAUUAUACCGUCCGUCAUCAAUAGAUGAUGAAUCAUUGUACGAAUAGAACCCGACCAUAAUACCAUGGAGUUUGCGCAGUGAAAUAAUUUGCAAGGUUUCAUAAUGGUCAAUCCAUGGAAAUUGCAAUUCAAUCGAAGCGGUGAGAUUAAGAAUAGGAAGAUUCUUACGUGUGGCUUUCAUUCCGAAUUUUAAUCGUAUCGCAUUUCCUGUAGGAGCAUGAUUUUGAUACUUUUCAGUGUUACAGCAUGUGUGAUUGUUAUAGGUUACGGGGCAAUCUUAAAUGAAGAAGAUUCAAUAGGAUCUCCUUUAUGCUUCUCA